UUCAUUUGUCUGCGGAGUGCCAGGGCCAUGUUGAAGAUAUCUGGCCUGAGCUUUGUGCGUUGAUUGAACUGCGUACUUCUAUACCGUUUUGUUCAAACAGGCCGCCUAGACGCUGAAUUGUACCCCCUGGGAACCGGCUACGUCCCUGAAAUUGACAGUGUCCAUGACAUAUCAGUUGGCACAAAGAGGGGAUCCGACGAACUAUUUUCUUCCUGCAUAUCCAACGGGCCCUAUAUCAUGAACUCAGCCAAUGGCAACGACAGCAAAAAAUUCAAAGGUGACGUCCGCAGUCCUGGUGUUCCGUCACGUGUGGUCCAUGUACGCAAGCUGCCCAAUGACAUAAAUGAGGCUGAAGUUAUUGGCCUGGGACUGCCCUUUGGGAAGGUCACCAAUUUGCUGAUGCUGAAAGGGAAAAACCAGGCAUUCUUAGAAAUGACCAGCGAGGAGUGUGCACAGACAAUGGUGAGCUACUACUCCUCUGUGACCCCCGUCAUCAGAAACCACCCCAUUUACAUGCAAUACUCGACCCAUAAGGAGCUGAAGACGGACAACUCCCCCAACCAAGUGCGUGCCCAGGCAGCUCUGCAGGCGGUCAGUGCUCUGCAUGGAGGUGGGAUGGCAAGCAUGGCCAUUCCAGCAGAUGUGUCCAGCAUGGGAGGUGCUGGAUCCCAAAGCCCUGUUCUCCGGGUCAUUGUGGAAAACCUCUUCUAUCCUGUCACCCUGGAUGUUCUGCACCAGAUUUUCUCUAAAUUCGGCACUGUGCUGAAGAUCAUCACAUUCACCAAGAACAACCAAUUCCAGGCUCUGAUUCAGUAUGCCGAUGGCUUGACAGCUCAGCACGCCAAACUGUCUCUGGAUGGACAGAACAUCUACAAUGCCUGCUGUACCUUGAGAAUCAGCUUCUCCAAGCUCACCAGCCUCAAUGUAAAGUACAACAACGACAAGAGCAGGGAUUACACCCGUCCAGACCUCCCUACUGCAGAUUCACAGACUUCCCUCGACCACCAGACUAUGGCAGCUGCUGCAUUUGCAGCUCCAGGCUUAAUCUCAGCCUCUCCCUAUGGUGGAGCUCAUGCCUUCCCCCCAGCCUUUGCCAUCCAGCAGGCAUCAGGUCAGCACCCAAACUGGCUGUCAAUGCCUGGUAUGCCAGGCGCCCUGGCGUCCCUCGGUGUGGGUCACGGCGGCAUGGCUGCUGCUGCGGCAGCCGCUAGUCGGCUGGGCCUGUCAGGGUUCGCUGCCCCCGGGGGCCACCAUGUGUUGUUGGUCAGCAAUCUGAACCCUGAGAGCGUUACGCCACACUGCCUCUUUAUUCUUUUCGGUGUGUAUGGCGACGUGAUGAGAGUGAAGAUCCUGUUUAAUAAAAAGGAGAAUGCUCUGAUCCAGAUGUCUGAUAGCACUCAGGCUCAGCUAGCUAUGAGUCACCUGAAUGGUCAGCGUCUCCAUGGCAGGGCCAUGCGUGUGACAUCAUCGAAACACACCACCGUGCAGCUGCCCAGGGAAGGCCACGAGGACCAGGGUCUCACCAAGGAUUACAGCAACUCACCGCUGCACCGCUUCAAGAAGCCCGGCUCCAAAAAUUACUCCAACAUCUUCCCGCCUUCGGCAACACUCCACCUCUCCAACAUCCCGCCGUCUGUGGUGGAGGAUGACCUCAGGAGGCUUUUCGCCAGCUCAGGAGCCACAGUUAAGGCCUUCAAGUUCUUUCAGAAGGACCGCAAGAUGGCCCUGAUCCAGAUGGCCUCGGUCGAAGAGGCAAUUGAGUCCCUCAUUGAGUUCCACAACCAUGAUCUAGGAGAGAACCACCACCUCAGAGUGUCCUUCUCAAAGUCCACCAUCUGAGUGCCAUUCCUCCCUCCCUCUGAGUGUAUUGCCAUCUGAAUGCAGCUUUAGUCUAGGUUGCCUUUGGUGGAAAACACCAGUGCUGCAUCUUUAAUGGCUGCAGUUCUGUAGAAUAUAGCUCCCUUCCGAAUUCUUUAUUAUUCCCCUCAUUAAUUGGUUUGGGUGUCACAUUUAAGCAAUUUUGCUUCAGAUCCCCGGUUCCAAUUUUUGUCAUGUGACCAAGCUAUGUUCAAAAUUUAACUUUUCUUUUGACUUAGUGCCAUUAAUUGUUAGUUCACCAUAAAAUACAAGGUAUUUUAAAUUAACACGGGAACAAUUAUAAAUAUUUUCUUUUGCCACAUACGGAUUGGCUGUUGGUCGGGUUACACUUGUUUGUAUUUGAGAUAGUUUUGCUAGCGUUUUGGGGCGUUUUCAUUGUGACUGAGGACCUCUGGUACCGAUGUUCCUGUACCACGUCGAGGUUGGGAAGACUCCUCCACGGGAGGAAGCACUUCCGUUGGGAGUUGCUUUUUCCCGUAUCACUUCUCCUUUGUGGAGCAAAGUUCCUCUUGCGAGCGGUAGGUCCGGCCUGUAAUGAUGCAAACACAAUUCACAUGCAUUGGCACGAGUGUGACGGACCUUGUAAACAAGCGGGUCCGAAUUUGGCCAACGAAUCAGUAAUGGGAAUCACAGAACGCUUCGGUUUCCAGAACAGGAUCUUGGCACCCAAACCAUGAAACAAACAUUUUUCCUUCCACCGUUUCGUUUUUAAGUGGGGUCCUUGGAAGGGGGCAAUGUUCUGCAGUCACACCGGAGGGGGGGGACGUAGAGGCAGCCGAUGAACUGUCACUUUAGACCAAAUGCGAUAAAGAAAAAAAAUCUAAGACACCCUCCACCACAGAUGCUCACGUGGAUGAAUCGUAUCCACACAAGACACACUUCAGCAUUCCUUUUAUUGUGAUCGUCAUGUGGAUAUAUCUGUGUGUGUGCCUUUAUGAAAUGCCACUUUGACCCGGUUUGGCCAGUCAGAAACGGUUUGAUACAAAGGGUUUUGUUUUGGCCCAUAGACCACCAAACAAUUAAUACCCAUGUAUCUAUUUUGAUUUUAUCUUCUUGUAACCGCCCGCCUACUUGCUUCGGCAGAUUCAUACCACUAUCUGGAGUCAUUCUAUGAGGAUGCAUUUUUCUUACAAUAUCUUUCUACAGUCCUGUGCCUUCCUUUACCCCAACCAGAUUGCCUUAAGCAUCGCUCUGGCUUCAUUUGACAAAGACGUGGCUCUCGAAAUGCCUUUUCACUUUUGCUCAUUCCUUGUGGCAUGCACCAGCAUUGUUAAAGAGGGGGGGGAGUGGCUCAUGAAAACUCCAGUUCCAUCUUAAGAACACUUGUUUUUCUAGAGAUUUGUAUGCAUUUCCCCAUUAUAUGUAUGUAGAAACUAUGAAUGUAUGUCAGUUUAGUUUCCUAAUAUCCUUGCUAGCUGACGUAGCUCUGUUAGGUGGUGUUUUGUGGGAGGAGUUUGAAGCUGUAGCCGGCCUUCCAGUCUUGCGGUCCCCAGCCACCUUCAACUAGUCCCUUCUCAGGAGGGACGAUGGUGGGUGUGGGUGUCAUUUAACCAUACGUUCAUCUAUACAUGGACACCUAUAUAUUCAUUUAUCUUUUUCUUUUAAUGUUAGUAUUUACAUGUGUAUCACUGCUAAGCUUAUCUGAUACCAAUAUGUAGCUGGGUCUGAUCAUUAUCACAGUGCCUUGAGUUUUUCAUCUGAGGCUGAAACCUUUUUUCCGGGCCUGGUCAGUUGACUUUGUUUACCUCUUUUUCAGGUGUUUAUAUCCAGGUAAUCUUACCUGUGAGAGCAGCUUGGGGCUAUUUGUCAACUCAAAGUAACAACUGUCUUGGACUAAAACUCCUAAACCCAGUGUGUGUAUAUAUAAAAUAUAUAUAUAUAUUCUUUUCUUAAAUUCAGGAUUACACGGCGGGUUAGCCUUGCCCGUUCCGGUCCGGGUCCACUUCCACAGCCAGGUUCUUUAGUGCACUUUUCCUCAACAAAAGGUCCAAGUUGGCACCGUCACGCUGAAGUCUUAAACGUCGUCACAUUCCUGCGUGCCUCCGGCACCAGUUUCCACAGCCUCGACCACUGUAGUUUUGGACCAGAUACAGAUUCCCUCUGUCUCUAUUUUUGUAAAAGAUUAUAUGCAUGGUUUAACGAAGCUUCAUGUAGCUACAGGCGGUUGUUGCUGCAAAGGACCAAAGUAUCUUCUACCCCUGCUGUUUGUAGUGUUGUGGUUUCUGAGUUUUGUUUAGUUUCUCAACAUUUCCACAAGUGCUCACACGCUUCAGUUUCCUUUUGCUGUUUCUAAGAUGCCUUGGACAAAUGUCACCUGAAGUUAAAGCUUGUUAGGGUAUCGUCUAUACUGUAUAUUGUAUACUGUUUUGUUGGAUUGACAUUACAAAGAGCCUACUUUGGUAGUUUGCUUUAGUAUGGAUACUUAAAUGAAACACAGUCCUAACUGUGAUGGUGUAGAAGAUUAUAUGCCUUUUUUUCCUCGUUAAAGCUUUUUCUCUUUUAUAUGGGGGGUGGGGUUGUUGUAUAUAUUCAUGUUUUUGUACCACAAUCAUUUGGAUUAUAUCCACUUUACGUUCAAAACAUGUAUAUUUUGAUAAAAACAAUACAGACCUAUUGAGCUCUACGGAGCUGUAAAACAAAACAACGAAAAAAAACCUUUUGUAACACAAAGACAUUAAACCUAUUUGAACACAGGAGUGUGUCUGUAUGUGCCCCCCCCCCCUCCCCAAACCCCACUGCCAUUCUGGUCUCUUGCAUCUUCUGCUGCCUUCAAUAAACCUUUAGUUUGUUCCUUCUUUCA